AGUUCUCGCGGGAACAAUAUUCAAAAACCCCGGCGCUUACUGAACAGACCCUCGGCCGAAUGAAGAGGGUGGUAUUUCUAUGCUGAGGUAGAUUUAGUGUCACGCGUCUGGGCGCCCAGUGCUCUCCGGACAGGCCUCCAGUUGCAGCAGCCAGGAAACGUGGGGAGAGAUUGAAAACAGAAAACAUGGAGGCAGAUAUCACAAAUCUUCGAAACAAGCUCAAAGAGUGUGAAGACGAGCGACUGAAAGCUGCACAGUAUGGCCUACAGCUAUUGGAGAGGCAGACGGAGUUGCAGAGUCAGCUGGAUAAAUGUCAUGAAGAAAUGAUGACCACAGCUGAGAAUUAUAACCAAGAGAAGUAUGCCCUUCAAAGAGAAGUAGAGCUCAAGAGUCGGAUGUUGGAGAGUCUGAGCUGUGAGUGUGAGGCCCUGAGGCAGCAGCAGAAAGCGCAGCUGGAGCAGUUAGAAAUGCAGCUGCACAGAAGCCACCGGCAGGAAGUGCACGGCCUGAGAAACAAGUUAGAGAAUCUGAAAGUGGAAUUAGACGAAGCAAGGCUUAGUGAGAAGCAGCUGAAGCAGAAGCUGGAUCACCAGGGGGAGCUUCUCUCUCACAAGUCGGAAGAGCUCCGGCUGCUGUCUGAGCAACGGGCACUCAGCAGUGUGUCGUCAGAGCUGCUGUCUCUUCAGACCGAGCUGACCGAGGCAGAGGGUGUGAAGAACGCCCUCAGAGAAGAGGUGAACGAACUACAGUGCAAACAGGAGCAACUAGAAUGUCUCAACGCUUCCUUACUGCACCAGGUAGACCGGCUUAAAGAAGAAAAGGAGGAGCGAGAGAAGGAGGCGGUCUCUUACUAUAAUGCCUUGGAGAAAGCUCGUGUAGAAAAUCAGGAUCUCCAGGUGCAGCUGGGCCAUGCACUCCAGCAGGCGGCGGAUCCCAACAGCAAAGGAAACUCUCUGUUCGCAGAGGUGGAGGAUCGAAGGGUGGCAAUGGAACGCCGGCUCAACCUGAUGAAAGACAAAUACCAGUCACUGAAGAAGCAAAAUGCCUUCACCAGAGAUCAGAUGAACAAGAUGAAGUUACAAAUUUCCACGUUGCUGAGGAUGAGGGGAUCACAAACCGAAUUUGAGCAGCAGGAACGGUUGUUCGCCAUGUUAGAGCAGAAGAAUGGUGAAAUAAAACACCUUUUAGGGGAAAUUAAUAAACUGGAGAAAUUUAAGAACUUAUAUGAAAAUAUGGAAUCCAAGUCUUCCACAUCAGACAGUGCUUGUGCUCUAGAAGACAGCACCUACUACACAGAUUUGCUUCAGCUGAAGCUUGAUAAACUAAACAAAGAAAAUGAAAGCACGAAGGGUGAACUGUCCAUCCAGAGGAUGAAGGCAUUAUUUGAGAGCCAGCGGACCCUGGAUAUUGAACGGAAACUGUUUGCAAAUGAAAGACACCUGCAGCUCUCAGAGAGUGAAAACCUGAAACUGAGAGCUAAGCUAGAUGAACUCAAGCUGAAGUACGAGCCUGAAGAGAGAAUUGAAGUACCUGUACUCAAAAGGAGGCGUGAGGUGCUGCCAUUGAAUAUAAACACCCCAGAAGAAACAGCUGCUGCCAGUGCCACUGGGGAAGACGUUUCUAGACUUCCACUUGAGAGGAAGGAGGAGUCCUGUCUUGAUAACUUAAAAGAUAACACGGUGCAGUGGAAGCAGCCAGCCAGCCUCUCUCCUCAUAAGAGCCUGCCUCUGGAUACACAGCCGAAGAAGGAGAAGUGUGUGACGCUUGUGGCUAGUCCAGCCAGCACUGAGGUCCUACAUGAACAAAGUGGGAACACCCCCAGUUCUCCCAGGUUAACUGAAGAAUCAAGGCUUCCAACAAAAGUGAAGGAAAGAAAAGAAGCUACAAGCAAAUUGGAAAAAGGAGCUUCUAAGAAAUCACACACCAUCAUGUAUGUGUCCUCGAAGUCAACCCCAGAGAUGCAGUGCCCACAGCAGUAGUGAGGUGCUGCGUGGUGGCCUUGCUAAUCGUCAUUUCUAUUGGUGGGACACCCUUGUGGAGCAUUUGCAUAAACCAGUGCUAAGACCUAGUAUGUUCAUGCCUCGGUGACCAAGAAUUCAGAUGUGGCUGUGAUUGUGACCCAGAAGUUCCUUAAGUGAUGAUCCUGCUCAGAACUAUGAAUCACAGGGAACAGACCAUCAUCAGAAGAGAACGUUAUAAUUUAAACCUAUUUGCUGUGUUGGAUAUGGAAUUUGAAUGUUAUGUGAUUAAAUAAUCUAUCUUAAGAACCAAAAAUUAAAAACUAGAACACUUAAAAUUA